AUAACACCACAGGAAGAAUGAGACGUAAUUAGGUUUGAAAAGUGGAGCGGGAAAGCGAAGUGACGAGAGAGACGAAGGAAACGACACCGGAGUCCAAACAAUAAUGCAAACGAUUCUCAUGGAAAAGGCCGUGGCCCUGUUUUCCCACUUUCGCAGCAUCAACUUGUACUUCUUUCCGUGAACUUGAGUCGUCUAUGUUGCAUGCAAUCCUUUUUCCUUUUCAUCUAUCUAUUCCAAAUGAUCCUAAAAAAGUUACCCGUUCCCUAAUUCGAGUUGUCGAGAGAUGUUCAAUCAUGAAUCUUAUAUCGCAUAGCUUAAUAAAUGGGGAUCGUAGUGAAUCGUACACAAGACCUCUUGAUCACAGAAUACUCUGAUACCACAUAAAUAACCAAUUGAUUCCAAAAUUUUGGAGAGGUGUAAUAAUGAAUCUUAUAUCACAUAUAAUUCAAGAUAGCUGUAACUUCUCAUCAAUAUAUGAUUAUACGUUAAGAAGUGUAGACCUUAUCGUAAAUAGACAUUGGUAAAUGACUGGUUGAUAGCCUAAAACCUUCCUCCCCCGAAAAUCGAAAUUCAAUUCUGAUAGGUUACUGUGAUUUCUUAUUUCUAGCCCCCUCAUUCUAAAUUUCGGCUUUGUUAGUAUGUGGGAUCAACUGGUUCUUGAUAUGGUAUUAGUGCUUUUUAUGAUCGAGAGGUCUUGUGUUCGAAUUCUCACGAUCUCCAUUUGAUAAGCCAUGGUAUUCAAAUUGGUGCUAACUUCAAGCCCUUACAAGCGAUUUUCGUUUAAAGGGACGUGUUGGUAUGUGGUAUAAGAGGCAUUAUCAAACCUCUAUCAACAACCCGAGUUAUUGGAAUCAAUUGAUUUUUGACAAACUUCACUAGCUGACUGGUCAAUAAAUUAUCUCGAAUAAGCUUGGAACACGAAUUUUGUGAGCAUCAAAACCUUCAGAUGGAUUUUACAAUGCACGAAAAAACAUUUACAAAGUUACAGGUCGAGUAAAUACAUCAUCAUCGCCUCGAUAUACCGACGUAUUGUUGAUAGAGCAUCGAUGCCCUGAUCUAGGGCAUAUAUUAUGGAUAAUUUUAUGCGGUAGGUUGUAACUUGUCUUAGCUAUGAAACAAUCCCUAUACGGAAUGUCAAAUGGAUCAUCUAGAUCCAACAUAUCUAAUCAACAUUGGGCAUUUGCACGAGAAGAGAUAAAAUAUCAGCUCUCGUGUAUUCAGCAUUUGAGAUUUUCAACUCGAAAUUCAAACUGUUUUACCAUUCUGUCGCUAUAGGUCUUGAUUCUCUAUUGUUCUUCACCAAUUAUCAUGAGUUGGAGUUGGAGAUGCCAAUAGUACACAACCUUAUCACACACCAAGAAAUAAUGCAAAAGGAAAGAAAACAGGGCAAAAACAGAGCCAUACCUUCAUUCUCGUUGUAACAUGAUGACUUAAUUAAUAGCCUCUUCCUCAGGAAACAACAUAUUCCCCUGUUUUCUGUCCAAAGCCCACUACCCACACUGUCCUCUGGCUUUUUUUGGCUUUGCCUUCACGAGCACUGGAAACUGGACCACCCACUUCCAUUUCCAGCCAAAAAAACACCUUACCCCGUCCUUUCUAAGUUUCUAUCUCCCCUCCUCGUGAGCUCACUAAUGGCUUCCUCCUCCCUCCUUCCCAAACCCAACUCCAGCCACUGAAACUCCUUCCGCACCAUUUCCAUCAAUGGCUUCACACCACCAUCCACUCCUCUUCCCCGUUCUAGCCCUGCUAACCCUCUUCACCCCCACCUCGACCGCCAUUGACGAGGCUGCAAUCCCGCUCCUCGACGAAGUGUUCGGCCUAAUCGCCUUCAAAUCCGACCUCAUCGACCCGUCCUCCCACCUCUCGUCAUGGAACCAGGACGACGACUCGCCUUGCUCCUGGCGGUACAUCGCCUGCAACCCAGCCACCCGCCGCGUCUCCUCCAUCUCCCUCGACUCCCUGUCACUCUCCGGCAAGCUCGGCCGCGGCCUCCAGAAGCUGACUCACCUGAAAUCGCUCUCGCUCUCCAACAACAACAUCUCCGGUUCCAUCCCUCCUUCGCUCGGAUUCCCUUCUCUCCAGUCUCUUAAUCUUUCCCGCAACUCGCUCUCUGGCGCCGUUCCGGCCUCGUUUCUCGACCUGGACUCGUUGAAGUUCUUGGACCUUUCGCACAAUUUGCUCUCCGGCCCUCUUCCUGAGGACUUGUUCAGGAACUGCUCGUCUCUCCGUUGGAUCUCCCUGUCCGGGAACUCGCUCGAGGGUUCCAUUCCGUCGACAUUGUACGGGUGCUCUGCUCUCAACACGGUGGUUUUGUCAGGGAACCGAUUCUCCGGAUCGCCGGAUUUCUCCUCCGGGAUUUGGUCUCUUUCCCGGCUUCGGACUCUGGAUCUUUCCGGCAAUUCCUUCUCCGGGUCGGUCCCGGAAGGCGUGUACAGGCUGCGUAACUUGAAGGAGAUUCGAUUGCAGGGGAAUGGUUUCGCCGGGACGAUUCCUUGGGAUUUGGGGCUCUGCCCGCACUUGAAUCGGCUUGAUUUUAGCGAUAACGCGUUCAUCGGUCCGAUUCCGGAGUAUCUCCUGAGACUCGGAUCUCUCUCCCAUCUCAGCUUCUCAAACAACCUGCUCACCGGCAGUCUCCCUGACAGAAUCGGCGAGCUGACGAAGCUCGAGUUUCUCGACCUUUCCCACAAUGGCCUCGCCGGCGGCAUUCCGAGCUCAAUCGUCUCCUGCAGCGGGCUCUCCGUGAUUAGGCUGCGAGGUAACAACUUCAAUGGCACCAUACCCGAUCAAAUGUUCACCAAUCUCGGCAGUCUGGUGGAAGUGGACUUCUCCGGCAACCAACUAGUGGGAGCCCUGCCUCCGGCUUCCCCUGCAUUCUUCAGCUCCAUUCAGAUUCUGGAUCUAUCCGGCAACCAACUCACCGGACACAUCCCGGCGGGGAAUGGACUAAUCUCCUCCGGCUUGAAACACUUGAACUUGUCCUGGAACGACCUCCAUUCAACUCUCCCUCCUGAGCUUGGCUACUUGCAGAACCUUGAGGUUCUGGAUUUGAGGUACAGCACCAUUCAUGGCUCCAUCCCUGCAGAUUUAUGCGAAUCAGGGAAGCUCGCCAUUUUGCAACUAGACGGAAAUUCCCUCUUCGGUCCCAUUCCUGAAGAAAUCGGAAACUGCUCUUCUCUCUACUUGCUGAGCUUGUCCCACAAUAACCUGACUGGUCCAGUCCCAAACUCCAUCUCCAAGCUAAGCAAGCUCGAAUUCUUGAAAUUGGAGUUCAAUUCGCUAACCGGAGAACUUCCAAUGGAGCUAGGAACACUGGAGAAUCUCCUCGCCGUCAACGUAUCUCACAACCAGCUCGUCGGCCGGCUCCCUGAAUCCGGAAUUUUCCCCAGCUUAGACGCCAGCGCGCUGCAGGGCAACUUAGGGAUCUGCUCCCCAUUGCUGAAGGGACCCUGCAAGUUGGACGUCCCCAAGCCGCUCGUCCUCGACCCUUUCGCCAACGCCGGAGACCAGACCAGGAACCGAAACAGGAACCCGGAAUCACCUGCGUCUUCUUCUUCUUCCUCCAGCGGUCACCGCAUGUUCCUCACCGCCUCCGCCAUCAUAGCCAUCUCCGCCGCCGCGUUCAUCAUCGUCGGAGUCGUCGUGGUCACCUUGCUCAACGCCUCGGCCAGGAAGCGGCUUGCGUUUGUGGAGCACGCGCUGGAGAGCAUGUGCUCCAGCUCCGUCUCCAAAUCGUCCGGCAACCUCGCCGGCAGCAGGCUCAUCCUGUUCGAUUCCAAAUCGUCGUCGUCGUUGAUUCGCCGACAUCUGACCGACGACGAGACCAACAACCCGGAGUCGCUACUCAGCAAAGCGGCGGAGAUCGGGGAAGGCGAGCUGGGAACGGUCUACAAACUCCCCCUCGGUUCAACCGGACGAACCGUCGCGGUCAAGAAGCUCGACGGGUCGAAAAUCGUCCAGUUCGCCGACGAUUUCGACAGAGAAGUUAGACUUCUCGGGAAGGUGAAGCACCAGAAUCUACUUUCCCUAAAAGGAUUCUACUGGACGCCGCGAUUGCAACUUCUGAUAGCAGAGUACGCCCCCAACGGCAGCUUGCAGGGGAAGCUCCACGAACGGUCGCCGUCCACCCCGGCGCUGACUUGGGCCGAGAGGUUUAAGAUCCUAUCAGGAACGGCCCAUGGGCUGGCCCAUUUACACCACGGGUUCCGCCCUCCGAUCAUCCACUACAACGUCAAGCCCAGCAACGUUUUACUAGACGCGGAUAUGAACCCGAAGGUGUCGGACUACGGGCUGACGAGGCUGCUGACUCAGCAGGAGGAGAGCCACGUCGUCGUCGGGUACGCGGCCCCCGAGGUGGCGUGCCGGAGCCUGAGGGUGAGCGAGAAGUGUGACGUGUACGGGUACGGCGUCGUGGCGCUGGAGGUGGUGACGGGACGGCGGCCGGUGGAGUACGGAGAAGACAGCGUGGUGAUACUGAGCGAUCACGUGAGGGGAUUGCUGGAGGAAGGGAAUAACGUGCUGGAGUGCGUGGAUCCGGCGAUGGGAGGGAGCUGGCCGGAGGAGGAGGUUCUGCCGGUGCUGAAGCUGGCGCUGGUUUGUACGUCGCACGUGCCUUCUAGCCGGCCGUCGAUGGCGGAGGUUGUGCAGAUCUUGCAAGUCAUAAGGACUCCACUUCCGUAAGGACGUUGAUGAAUUGAUGACUGUAAUUUUUUUUCUUUCUUUUUGUCUUGCUAUAAUUAUUUAAUUUCUUUUCUCUCCGUUCUUUUCACUAUGUUGAUCAAAUUAGUUUUCAUUAGAGGAAUAUUUUUCAGUUAUGUUACUAUACUUGGUCCUCUCUUUUUGUUUUGCUCCUCCUACCUUCUCUCCAUAGGUGUGCUCCUGUCAUUAGAGAAAUUCGUCAAAAAACGACGUGUUUGAGUUUGAUGAAUAUUCGAUAAAAUUAUAGAAAAGUUGAAACAAGUAUACACAACAUGUUUCGUUAAAGAGUAAUAAACUGUUAACUAAUCGCGACUCAAGGGGACUAUUAACUUUUCUACAAAGGAGGAUCAUAAGGUCUAACAAAUACUCAUUCAUAUAUAAUUGGACACUACCAAAUCUCUUAAGAUAAUACAUGCCUUCAAAGAGGACUUACUCAUGCAAACUACUUGAUUAUAUUGAUGAUUAAGGCUUUUGAGUUUGAAAACCUGUACGAGUUAAAAAAAUCGUACCCCACAAGUAUGAACGAUCAAAACACCUUACUAAUUAAACAUAUAUAAAGAUGAAAUAUAAUGUAUAAGAGAUACAAGGCAGUCAGGAAUUCUACAACAAUUGACGUUGAAGAACCUCAGCCAAAUCAAGUUAAGCAUCUAUGAGAGACGUAAAGGUUGAAUACAGUUGUUACUCCUGGCAUUCCUAGCAAAAUAUAACGAGCAAAAUAUGACGAAUAUGGAGCUAUUGGGGUGGUCUCAAGUAUACACGACAUGUUGUGCAAGAACUAACAAACGAUAGUGAAUACAUGGAUGCAAUAACACAUUCACUAACUAAGCUAUAAAAGAAAGCUAAGGAAAUAUGCAAGAAUCUAACCAUUUAUUGUCUCGAGCACAUACAAACAGAUGAAUGACUAUAAUGGUCCAAGCAAAUGAUCAAAGGUACACAAUCAUUGACUAGUCAAGCCCAAGCCAAAGAUAGUCGUGCCUUAUAACUUACCGACUUAAGUGUCGAAGAAUCAAUCGAUAUGAAGGAUUAGUAACCUUCUUAUCAGAAUAUAAGCCAUAGCCGGUAAGAACAACUGAUAAGUGUGCCUAAGAGUAUUUCCCUCAAAAAGAUGCUUAGAGUAUUAAGACCACUUAUCCCAUGGGAUAACAAAUAUAGGGAGCUUCUCACCAUCAUCAUUAUUUCAUUAAUUAGUACACUUUGUAAGGAAUGUGGAAUAAUUUCAAAUAAGGCAAUAAUGCUUCCUUGUGCACCACUCCAUUGCCUCCAAAAUCAACUCCCUUUCGACCCAUUUGGCCAAACAAAGUCUCCAUCGAAAGUCCCGUGUGAUUACUAGUGAAUUAAAAUGGAAGUUUCACACAUGGGCAGGCAGGCAGGCAUGCCUUACUUUCUACGGAUUCUCACUAAUGAGUAAACCCCCGCCAGCAACCCUAAUUAACUUAUUAAUUAAUUAACAAUUCAUGAGUACUCACGAUAAGUUGGCAAUUGUAAUUAGUUGUUGUCCUCUUGAUAUAAUCUUAAUUCUUAGCGAUUGCGAUUGAUGAAUAUAGUUGUAUAUGGCGUACGUUGAUGAAGAUUCAGAACUCGUGGUUCGUUAGAUACAGAGGUGUUUGAGUUCGGAUACGUUUGGAGGGUCAAUUCUUCAAUGUUUUAUUAAUUUGAUGUCUGUUCAGAAUUUCAAACGGUUCUUAAUAAUAACUGACAAUAAAAAUAUCGUGAAAUGAGGUCUAAAAUCCAUUUAUAUAAUGUUAUGAUUGGAUGAUGGAAGGGUUGACGGGUGGAUCAGGAAGGAAGAGAGAAGGACAAAUCAAUUAGGUUAUGGUGAUGAUGAGCAGUUUGAUUUCAACUAACUCAACCCACUCCACACCAACACUCUAUGCCGUCUCUAAUCCUCAUCCAUAAAAUUUUCUAUUUUUA